CACCACCGCCAGCAGUAGAGAAAGAGAGAGAGCGGAGCGAGCGAGAGAUAUCGACAAUCUACCCACCACACACCAACACCCAUCCCCACUACUACAAAAUGCAGCGUCCCCAACCCCGCACGCACUUCUCCUCGUCGCCAUCACGUCCCGAAGACAGCUGGAUCGAGAUCUCUGGCUCCGACGAAGAGGAGGAGGAGCAAGAGGAGAUCAUUACCUCUGGCCUGCGCAUCCGUCGUCCACAACACCUACAGCAGCGACACCACACGUAUCCCUCCUCGCAGCAGCACCAGCAGCAGCACCAGCGUGCCUACCCCAACCACAACCACAACCAUCACCUCGCUGAGACGAUACUGAUCGACAGCAUUGCGUCGCUUUCGUCGUCGACCUCCUCCUUGUCGCGGGGAGAGGAAUCGUCGGAGGAAUCGGAGGCGGAGGAGUAUGAGGGCGAGGGCGAAGACGUAGCCUCGUUCCUCGCGUCGCAGCCACUGAGCGACUCGGAGUGUUCGGCUGACGACGUGGCGAGCGAGGACGAUACCGAGGAGGACGACGAGGAGGAGGGUGGGCCGCUGCGCCCCGUGUUUGCCGAGAAGGCGCGGCUGGAGAUGGAGCACGACGCGGCGCUACGGGCGUCGCUGAGCACGCUGCUCAGCUGUGCUGCUGCGGCAAGGGGCGCGGGCGCACAUGUUCAGCGCGACCGCGUCGAGGGCCUGCGUGUGGUGCAGAGCGUUAGUCCGCCGGCUACCACGACCAGUGCGUCCGUGUCGCAGUCGGUCAGUAGUGAGGAGGGCAGGAGAACGAGGAAGGGCGGCAGAAGCAGGAGGCCGAAGAAGGAGGUCAAGAAUGAAGUCCUCCGCACCACCCUCGUAACUCUUGCAUUCUCGGCGGGGGCUAUCGUGCUCCUGAGUGCGGUGAGCUUCUCGGCGGGGUAUUGGGUCAGGAGGCUCGAGGGCGGCGGUGGGGCCGGCAGCGGCAGCGGCAGGGUCGUCGAUGGUGUUCGCAGGGCGAGGGGCGUGAGGGUUGUUUAGUGCUGUCGUGCUGUAUGUGGCGCCGUGGGAUGAUGAUGAUGCUUCUGCUGCUUCUAUGUCGUUUGCUUGCUUGCUUUCGCUCGUUUCAUUUUCUCUUUUCUAUUUUUUUCUUCUUCCGAUGAUG